UCGGAGUGAAUGUCAGAGUACAUUCUGAUCGGUUUGUGAUGUUGUGACAUUUCGGUUUAUUCUUUAUUAGUUGCGUUUGGUGUAUUUCGGUGAGACCGAGAUGUGUUGUGUGUCGCCCCUGAUGUGUUCUGUUUGUUAUGUUUGACCUUUAUCGGUCGGUCCGAGAUGUGCUGUGGAUUGGCUUGUCUCGGUGGGUCCGUUUAUCUGUUUAUCACGUUAUGUUUGCCCUAUAUCGGUCGGUCCGAGAUGUGCUGUGGAUUGGCUUAUCUCGGUGGGUCCGUUUAUCUGUUUAUCACAAGUCCCCCCCUGGCGUGUUGGAUAUUUAUGUCCAAGGAUUUUAUGUCCGAGUGUGUUUUGCUUUUAUUGUGUGUAUUUGUUGUCAGCGCUUUUGUUACACGUGUCUUUUGUUUGCUGUUUGUGUCAUAGAUGCUGUCUCCCACUAGCACAUUUAUUGAUGUGUCCUUUGGUUUUGGUGCGUUUUUUGAGGUGACUCUUCAGUUGCCCCUGUUCGGUUUCUAUAAAAACCUUUCUUUGUUUAAUUUCUCAUUUUCUUUUCUCUUGAUUUUCUUUUGCUCUCUCAACUGUUCUUUUGCUUUCCUUGCUGUUCUUGCUGUUCUUGUUGUUCUUGCUGUUCUUACUGUUCUUCUUCAAGAUUUAAUUGUAAGUUUUCCCGUUUUUCUUCUGUUUGAUCUGUUUUUAACUUUUGCCUGUGUUUGUUUCUGUUCUUGCUUGUUUGUUUGUUGAUCUUGCCUACUUAGGGUUUAUUUCUGUUGAUUAUCUGUUUUUCUUUUUGGCCUUUAGUGAAUAAAUGUCGGGCGAAGAAGAUUCUCAGAACCUGUCCGAGCGAGACCUAGAUAUGAAUAUUGAUGAGGACCCUAGUAGUAGUGAUAGUGAUCCUGUCGAAGAUACCGAAGAUGGUAUUGUUGGUGAGAAUAGGUUAGAUGAUUUGGUCUGCUCGGAAGCGACUUCGUAUGCUCGGCCUAGGCGUGUUAGACCUAGGAAGUCCAAAACUGCUGCUGUUAGGAGGGUGAUGAUGGAGACCACCUUUGCCGAGCUUAACCAACAUUAUCUGGACUAUCUAGGAUCGAAACUUAGGAUUCCGGACGGUUACACUUUAGAAUUGUCUCCUCCGGGUAUAACCAUAAAUGCCCCUGUAGACCCGGGGUAUGUAAUUGUUUGUGUAGAGCAUCUUCACUCUGGUGUUAGGAUUCCCUUUCAGACCGACUUAGUUGAGCUGCUUCGGUGGUAUCAGAUGCCUUUGAGUCAAUUUCAUCCGAACGGUAUUAGGCAUUUCUUUACCGUUCGGGCUCUUUGUUUGAAAAAUAAAAUACCUUUUUCGGUAAAAUUUUUUGCUAGUAUGUAUGGUUUAGUUUAUAAUGGCGAGUAUGACUUCGCCUAUUUUAAAAUUCUUAAGUCGGAGCCUAGGCGAAUAGUUGAGAAUGUUACCACGUCCCUUAAACGUUUUAGGGUGGACUGGUUUAGACUUAGGCAUCCCUCGGCCUUUACCGAACUGCCUCGCUGCUGGUCAUGUGUGUCUCCGGAGCAUACUUUCAUUAGGAGGGAUAAGAUCCGAGAAACGGCACAUGCUCGUCUUCAGGUUUUGUUGGGGCAGAUCGGCCUUGUGAACACUGAGGAGCUCAUUCCUCGGUUGAGGAUUGUAAAGUUUAACCCUACUCGCCAAGCGAUGGAUAUGGCUGCUUUUACUGCUGGGAGGCGACCUAGACCGACCAAGGGACAGGCGUCUCGGACUGUGGAUGCUUCUCAGCCGAAGAUGGCUGAUGUACUUAAAGCUGGUGGUCCCGGUGUAACUUUGGAGGCGGUCCCUCCUCUUGCUGAGAAGAAAAGGAAAAGAGGGAAGACUGUUGGCAAGAGGCCUUCUGAUCAGGGUGUUGACCCUUUGUCUGUUGAGAUUGACGCUUUUGAGGAUGCGUCGGGUGAUGAGAGGCCGAAUGAGCCUGUUGUGUUGGCUUUGAAUGCCGGUAUGGCUGCUGCUGGGCCGGGGGUUGAGUCCGUGUCUAUCCCGGUUUUUAACGCCGACUUGCCGGUGACAGAUAAAGGUCUGUCUCGGAAGGGGAAGGGGAAGGCUGUGGAUACCGCUGAAGUCCCAACUGAGACUACAGCUGAUCCGGUUCUGACUUCAUCUGCCGUUGCUCGGUAUUUGAAGAGGAAGACGUCGGCGGAUACUGUUGAGAACUAUCCUACUGCGCUUUCCCUGGCCCGUCUCUGUUCUCUCCCGAAGGAUGUCGAUGGUAUGAAGAUUGUUCAUCCUCGGGAUUUUAUUGAUGGGGGUUGUUCGUUGGCCUUUCAGUUGAUCAACCACCUGCUCGGUGCCCGUUCGGUUCAGGACGACUUAGUUAACCAGGCGUCUGCUGAUCGGGAGAAAGCCGAGUCUGCUGCUGCUGCCUUGGAGUCUGAGCAGAUUGCUCGAGCCAAUGUUCAAUCUGUGCUGGACAAUCAUAUCAAUGAGUAUAAUGCGCAGAUUGCGGAUCUAAAGAAAGAGGUGGCUAACUUGACCGAGGCUCGAGUUGAGCUAAAACGAAAACAUGAGUUGGAGCUCAUCAAGCAGAGAGAGCAGCAUGAUGCAGUUUUGGCCGAGCAGAAGCGGUUAUCUUCGGAGGAGCUGGAGAAGGCUAUGAAGGCUGUUCGAACCGAGGUUACCGCUGAGUUUGGUCAAUUGACUGACCUUCUGGAGGAUGAUCUGAAAGAUAGAGUGGGGCCUCUGUUGCUCCCUGACGCUGAUCCGGAAUGUCUGUAUCUGGACGUAGCUGCUAUGUACGAGGUGUUCCUGCGCAAGAAGGCCGAAGUGUCUGAUGCAGCUACUGAAAUGAUAGCCGAGCUGAGCAAAGAGUUUGAUCGGAUAGAUCAAGAGAAUGCCCAAGUUGCUAGUGACCAGAGGACUGGUCAGACAACUGUUGCUCCCUCGGUGCUUGGUCAGCUUGAUGUGAGUCAUUAUGAAGAGGCCGGGCUGAGUGAGGGUGGUGGUUCCAUGUCUGGAAAUGGUGCCCAGUUGCCCGAUGAUAUUUCUCGGGCUGUAAUAGAUUAGUUUUUGUAAUAAAUCAACUUUUUGUUCGGAUUGUUCCCCGUGAUCUAUGUAUAUAGUUUUCCUUUUUGUUUCAUCUGUGU